AUGAGCCGAAGAACUGAAGAUAUAACUCGCCCCACUAUUGCUAAUAUCUACAUGUGCGUAAGUAACCUCGCAGAGGUUACUUCAGAACUUUCCACUGAUACACAAGAAUUAACCACAAAGCUUCUUGAAUUCCAAAUGAAUCAAGAAAAGGCAAACACUGACACUGAACUAAAUUAUAAACUUAGCCAAAUAGCAGAUACUAUCGGUGAAAAAAUUACUGAAAAUGUAGAAGUAAUAGCUAGUGAUAUGACUAGAUUCGUGGAUGAAGUUGUUAAUAAAGCUUUUAAUAAAGUAAUGAGUGAAAUUAACAAAACUAAAGGAGAAACAUGGACAGCAUCGGCUAUUCGAAAAAUAUGUAUUGUAUAUGUUACCUAUUUGCGUCAGCAACACCUUUUGUUAGAUAGUAACCCAAGUAAAUUGCAAGAGAAUGUUAUUGCACUUCGUUGUAGCCAAUGCUACCGUAGAGCAUUGGAGCUUACUUUUUCACAUCCUUUUAAGGAUGUUCUCAAAAUUCUUCAGAUCGAUUGUACUUCUCCUGAAAUAAGUGAAGAUGAAGCUAAAGCAUCAUCUAAAAAGCAUGGAAGAAAAAAGUUAUAUGUUCCUGAAAUGGCUUUUAGAUCUGAAGAGGCAAUUCGCAUUAUUGAACAAAUUGAUCACGCUAUAAGAGUUGAUGAAUCUGGCGAAAAAAGUAGUGGUCGAGUUCAACCUGAUAAAUGUAUUCAUAUUAAUCAAGAGAAUAAACGUUAUUCUAGCCUAGCCAACAAAACACCUAAAUUCAAAAUAAAUAAACUACCUUCUUGGGCUUAUAUUGAAAUAUAA